CAGGCCGGCUCCUCCUGAAACUAAUUGUAGUUUUCUCUCUCACACUCACACGCUCCCUUCUCUCUCUCUCUCUCUCCCUCUCCGUGUCUGAGUUACAGCGAGGAUUUCACCUCGCCCGGAGCGACGUCACACCAAGGUGGAAGAAGACGAGCUCAUUUUUCCAGCCACUUCUCAUCCAAAGAAAACACGCUCGCAGACUGAGCGGGAGGAGAGUCGCCUCUACCUGCAGCCGGUGGGCGCUGCCUAUUAUUUCACCAACUUCUUAACCGGCGCGUCCGCUCAGAGCGCGGAGAGCGCGCUCGGCAUCUGACUGCGCAGAGGCACUUUCUCACCUUCAGCUGCGCUUCUCGUCCUGACAGAACUCCGCUUCCCGCAGCUUAUUGUUGGAUAUCUUCCGUGCGCAGAGUUUCUUCCUUUCUUGGACCACACUGAAACCAUGUAACCGCGCCGCGGCAGCCACGGCACAGCGAUAAUGAAGAGGUUCACCACACCUUUGCGAGCGGACAUCACUUCUCUAGCCACUUGACCGACUUCGUUGCGCAUUAAGAUGCGCCCGGCUGAAGAGGAGUUGGACUUUUGCGCACGCCGUGACGGACACUUCCCAGAGAGCGUUGACUGAUCCGCGCCGUCAGAGAAAUAACAAACAAACAAUUGGGACCUCCUAUGAUUUUAAGAAAUCCCCACACUUGUUGCUGGCUGAAGUCGUCACAUUAAAGUUUGUCGGAGGGGGGUGAACAAUCUCCUGGGUGGAAUUGCGGCGGUCAACAUGACGGUUCGGCUCUCACGGAUCCAGCUGGCCCUGUUCUUCAUCUUGCUCUGUCCGGUCAACAUCAUCGGACUGUGGUGGGCUGUGGGAAGUCCCUUGGUCAUGGACCCCAACAGCAUUUGCAGGAAGGCAAAGCGCCUGGCAGGGAAGCAGGCUGAGCUGUGCCAGACUCAACCAGAAAUCGUCAGCGAGGUGGCCAAAGGAGCGAGGCUGGGCGUCAGGGAGUGCCAGUACCAGUUCAGGUACCGCCGGUGGAAUUGCACAAGCCACAACAAAUACUUUGGCAAGGUGUUACAGCAAGAUAUCCGGGAGACGGCAUUUGUCUACGCCAUCACAGCGGCGGGGGUGACACAUGCCGUGACCCAAGCCUGCAGCAUGGGAGAGCUCCUGCAGUGCGGAUGUGAAGCGACCAGAAACAAAGCUCCUCCACGGCCGCCGUCAUCGUCUCCGUCCGGGGACGGGGUCAAAUGGGAGUGGGGGGGUUGCGGCGACGAUGUCGAGUUUGGUUAUGAAAUGUCCAAAAAAUUUAUGGACGCCAAGAGGAGGAGAGGCAAAAGUGAUAUCAGGACUCUCAUUAACCUUCACAACAACGAGGCUGGGAGGCUGGCCGUGAAGCUCCACAUGCGGACUGAGUGCAAGUGCCACGGACUGUCAGGCUCGUGCACCUUGCGCACAUGCUGGAAAAAGAUGCCCCAUUUCCGUGAAGUGGGCGACCGCCUGCUGGAGCGCUUCAACGGCGCCUCCAAGGUGAUGGGCGGCAACGAUGGGAAGACCCUGAUACCCGUCGGCCAGAACAUAAAGCCCCCGGACAAGCAGGACCUGAUAUACUCUGACGAGUCUCCAGACUUUUGCCUCGCAAAUCGGAAAACGGGCUCGUUGGGAACGCGGGGGCGCGUCUGCAACAGCACGGCCAUGGACAUUAGUGGCUGUGACUUGCUGUGCUGCGAGCGAGGCUACAGGGAGGAGACGGUGGUGUUUGAGGAGAACUGCUUGUGUCGUUUCCAUUGGUGUUGUGUUGUCCAGUGUAAAAAGUGCAUGGUGCGAAAAGAGCUUAGUCUGUGUCACUGAUGAACUGGGUUAAAGAGCAUUCAUGUACUUUAAUUAUAACCACUUCUGUUGCUUUUUAGGAUCUUGCUUUUGUCUUGUUGAAGGAAAGGAUUUAGACCUCCAUGGUUAUCCAUUUUGUAUAUGUUUCACAGUCAAAUAACACAUACAAAAACAUUUAAUUUGAAAUUUCAAACAUUAUUUUUUAGUUUGUAUAACUUUUGAACACAUAGCCAAACUUUCCGAACUACCUACGCUCGAAAUUUUUUUUUUCUUUUGCAGUUAUUUUUUGUGACCAUGGACCAAAGAGUGUUCCCUUUCAUAAGGCGAGAGAUACGAUGCACAGAGGGUCUAUUAUUGACUAGCUAGGAAAGUUUAAGUCUCCCUCCACCACAUUUAUAACAGAGCUUUGUGUAGCGCCUAAACCAAAAUGGUGUCUGGAUCAGUAAAAGGAUUUGUUUGAUGUAUUCAAGACAAGCAGGCAUAGACCACAUCGGGUAUUAUAUAAACUUGUAAGGUUAUAGAGAGUGUGUUUUGUACUGUUUGUUAUUUAAAUUUCUUCAUAAACAUUGUGGUCUAUCUUCA